UCCAGCCGAUUCACGCACACUCGCCGUGCCGAAUUCCCCCGUUGUUUUAUCCACGUAGUAGAUGCCGCAAUUAUCUCCCUCUCAUGCGCCUCUUGCCUUGCAACUUGGAUGCAUUUGAUUUGAUCCCCUCCCCCCGUCCCUACGCGGCCUGUGGGGUAUCAUCAAGAAGCAGAAGAAGAAGAAGAAGAAGAGAAGACGAGGCUGCCGCUGCCACCAUCUUUGUCGGCUGGCUGGCUCCGAGAGAGACCCACCUCGCCUCCUCUUCCUCCCUCUGGUCCCCGCUCCCGGGGAGCACCCCUUUUAGUGCAAGAUUCAAUCUGCUCCUGCUCCGCUCCUCCUCGCCCCGCAGAUUCGCCUCCCUCCUCCUCCUCGCGCGGCGGUUCUUGAUCCGCUCCGGUCCGGUCCUGCCGUGCGCCGCUGCUCCGGGUCCGGCCAAAGGCUGCUGCUUGCUUGCGGGGUCCGUGGCGGCGGGCGGCUGGCUGCGUUCCGGCGGCGGCGGCUCGAUCUGCGCCGGGGCUCAGAUUUGAUCGGCGUGGCGCGCUCCUGGAGCCCGGGGUUCCGAUUCGGCCGCGCUCCGGGUGUGCUGCUGCCGCUGCCCCAAUUCCCCGACUUUGAUGAGGCUCUCGCACUGUGAGACCUACUGCGCCGCCCCCCUCUGCUACAUCCCCUGCCUCCCCAAAUCCAAAGAUGCACCACCACCCGCCGCCGCCGACGCCGUCGCAGCGCCCCCCUGCCCGGUCGAGGACAAGCCGCCCCAGGUCCAGAAGAUUGAGGUCGUCGCGCCGGCGGCGGCCGACAAGGAUGAAGACGACAAGGAGCACGAGGACGGCGACAAGACGGCGGCCGCCGCGGCGCCACUGCCCAAGAGCAACCUCAAGAAGGCCAACUGCGGCGAGGACGGCGUGUGCGCCCCCAAGGGCAAUGUGAAGUGGCUCGAUUUGCUGGGGAAGGAUCUCACCGAGGUCAAGGAGUUCGAGCCAAGCGAAUCCGGAGACUCGAUGGACGACGAAGGCAUCUCGACGUGCGUGUGCGUCAUCCAAUGAACCCAAGAAGGAAGGCUCAUGUACAUUUCUGUGAAAAUUAAGGGGCGCCCAGCAUUCGUUGCGUGUACCAGUUUCAUCGGUGCAUGCCGCCAUAGCUGCUGCUUAGUAGAUGUAGUAGAGGGGGUGGGGGUUUUCUGCUGGUUUUAUCAGUCUCAGAUCGGUCGUGGGUGCGUGUUCUUGGGUGUGGGGGUGGAGCUUUGUGUGCUGGAGUUGAUACAGUGCGUUUGACGCUCCUCUCGGUCGGGUGGUGUUGUAGUUCAGGGUUGAGACUUGAGAGUAUUGCUUCUGUAAAGUUCCCAAUACAAAAGAUGGUAUUCAUCGGAGUCGGAAGACAUAGAGAUGAUGCUGUGCUGUGCUGCUGGUUACUUGGAUGGAAGAAGAGAACAAAGGUGCACAUGCUUAUAUGUGCUGGGAACAUGGGGAUGUAGUAGUGACCUUUUGCACAUGGGUGUGCCCACUCCAUUGUGCAAAAAAGAAAGUUCUAAUCCAUGUUACUUGUUUUGAACAUUUUGGAAAAAAUUAUACUUCCUCCGAUCCA